UUCAAAACAGUAAAAAACGAAAAAGAAAAGGGGGCGGAAGAAAACCCAAAGGAGUCGGUCUCUGAUUAUUCUUUGUUCUCGCCUUUCCCUGUAGUGGUGAGGGCGAAACCCUCGCGAUCGACCGAUCUCGACAACGAUCUCGCCCUUGGGAGAGCUGCUCGAUCGGAGGGGUAGCUCGCGGCCGCGAUCGGAUUUCCGGUCGCGGUGAGGUGGAGCGGGCGAUUGAAUUGAUCGGUUGGUGGUCGAGGUCUCGGGUUUGGAUCCGACGGGGGGAGCAGCGUUGGCUGCCGGUGGCAGCGCCGGCGGAUGGCGUUGUUCAGGAGGCUCUUCUACCGGAAGCCGCCGGAUCGGCUGUUGGAGAUUUCGGAAAGAGUCUAUGUGUUCGACUGCUGCUUCUCAACGGAAACUCUUGGUGAAGAUGCCUACAAGGUCUACAUGAAUGGCAUAGUCUCUCAACUGCAGGAUUAUUUUCCAGAUGCCUCCUUCAUGGUAUUUAAUUUUAGAGAGGGGGAUCAAAGGAGCCAAAUUUCAGAUAUUUUAACUGAGUCUGGUAUGACGGUCAUGGACUAUCCCCUACAGUAUGAAGGAUGUCCUUUGCUUCCUUUGGAGAUGAUCCACCACUUCUUGAAGUCGAGUGAGAGCUGGUUGUCAUUGGAAGGGCAGCAAAAUGUGUUGUUGAUGCACUGUGAGAGAGGAGGCUGGCCCAUGCUAGCCUUCAUGCUUGCUGGCUUACUUCUUUAUAGAAAACAGUACACUGGUGAGCAAAAGACUCUUGAAAUGGUGUAUAAACAAGCCCCUAAGGAGCUACUCCAUGUUUUGUCGCCCUUAAACCCACAACCAUCUCACCAAAGAUAUCUUCAGUACAUAUCUAGAGGAGGAAAUGCACCAGAAUGGCCUCCAAAAGAUAUGCCCCUAAUUUUGAAUCGCUUGAUUCUUAGGGUCAUACCUAAUUUUGAUGGAGAAGGAGGUUGCAGGCCGAUGAUUCGCAUUUAUGGUCAAGACCCAUUGGUUCCCAAUAGUAGGAACGCGAAGAUUCUUUUUGCAACACCUAAGACCAAGAAGCAUGUUCGGCACUACAAACAGGCGGAGGCUGCACCAGUAAAAUUAAAUACUCGUUGUCGUGUGCAAGGAGAUGUAGUUGUUGAAUGCAUCAAUCUGGAUAAAGAUCUGGAACAUGAGGAGAUAAUGUUCAGGGUUAUGUUCAAUACAACCUUUAUCCAAUCUAAUAUUCUGAUGCUGUCUCGUGAGGAAAUUGACGUUGUGUGGAAUACGAAGGUUCAUUUUUCUAGAGAUUUCAAAGCUGAGGUAAUAUUUUCAGAAUUUGAUGCUUUUGAAUCUGAUUCAAGCACGGAAUCGCUGAUUGAAGAUGGUGAUGAAACAGAAGGUGCUUUCACGGAGACAGAGGAGUUUUUUGAGGCUGAAGAGAUAUUUACCAAUGCUGACUGGCAAAAUGUGAAUCGAGAUACUGAAGCUACUACAUUUAGAAAUGCAACACCCGUUGAUGAUGGGAGUUCAAUAAUGGAAAUCUGUAAUUUGACUGGUGAAGCAAGGAGUAGGUUUGAGACAAGCAAAGCUGAAGAGGAUUCAGAGACAAGGGUUUCCCAAAAGUUGACAGAAACAGAUGGCAAAUAUAUCAUGAUAGAAACCUGUAGCAUGCAUGGUCCAGCUAAGACUAGUUCUGAAUCUGACAAAUGUGAGCAUGAUGAUGAAUUUGUAAUGGUGAAAUCAGUCACUUCAGAAUGUAUGGUUCAGAUCGAAGAGAAGAAAAUGAUAGAAUGCAGCACAUUGCGACAGGACAAAAAAGGAACUGCUACUUCACUGGGUGAAGAAAACGAUCUAAUGAAGAUUAACAAUCUUAAGCAGGAGACUGAGACUGUUACAGGUUUGGUGAAUAUGACACAUAAUUUUGUUGAUACAGAAGCUCCAGAUACAACUGAAAGAAAAUGGGAAGAUGGUGACUAUAAACAUGGCUCAGAGAACAUUUCUGAAACAAGAUCUAAUUCUAUUGGUGAAAUUCCCAGUCUGGCCAAACAUCUUCCUGAAAGAGAGACCGACAGUAGCACCUAUCAAGAUAAAGUCGAACAUUAUAGUGAAAGUGCAUUGAGAAUUCCAGGUGUGACAGAAGAAACAAUGACCAAAUUUCCUCCCAUUGCUUGCAGUAGUACUGGCAAGAUUAUCAGCAAAGAGUCGACAUAUAUGGAUUACGCAGUUACUUGUGAGGAGAAGAAUAUAGUAGAGGUCAGCAACUCUGAACAUGAAGUGAAGGAUAUUAUUGCACUUGAUGUUGAAGAGAAGAAUAUAGCUGAAACAUACAAUAUUGAGCAAGAUGCAUCAGGCCUGGCCUCUGAGAAGACAAUGACCUCAUGUACCAUGACUUGCAAGACACAAAUUUUGACUUCGACACAUGAUGCUGACAACAGACCUGAAAAAAUAAAGUCAAGGUUCAAUCAAGAGAAUAUUACUACCAGGAAAACUCUGCUUGACAAGGGUCACAAUCAAGGAAACCAGGGUCUAUCACAAGAAGUUAAAUUGGAGUGCAAAAGGGAGCCAGACAAAGUUGUUGCUCAAAGCAAGACACAGCCCAAAAUUCUCAAUCAGAAAUUUGGAAAUGGUGAAGAGAAGCAGACUCUAGAAAUAUCUUCGUAUACCAUGCCAGAGAAACCAUCAUCAGGCACAAAACGACCUGAUUCCCUAGUAUCUAAGACAAUGGUUAAACAGCAGGAAUCUGCAGCAGAUCAACAAAGCUCGAGACAGGCAAAGACAGUUGCUAGGUGGAUCUCACCAAGAAAAGACUCUGAUGCUACUUCAGUGCAUUUGCCUUCUCACCCUCCAUCCAGGUAUAACAGUGCACCAGCUGCUCUAGCCAUUUCUGCGGCUUAUCAAGGUUAUAUAAGUGGUAAAGUUGCAGUGGUGUCUGAAACUCCAGCUUGUGCAGAUAAAGCUGCAUCUUCCCUGCAGUUGUCAGUUCAAUCUUCUAUAUGUCAUGUGUUAUCUCCAAUUGAGGAAGCACCUCUAUCUGCUUUGGUGGUACCUCCACCUGCUCGUGGCGAGCAUUCAACCCCUCCUAAGUUGCAAGCUCAUAAUACCCGCACCCCACCCCCACCCCCACCCCCACCUCCACCCCUUUCUUUUAGUACUCCAACAAGUUCAUAUUUUGCUAAUGGCCAUUUUAACCCUCCUCCUCCACCACCACCACCACCACCGUUGAAGAUCGGAGGAGCUAAAGGCACAUCUGCUUACUCCACACAUCAUUUAUUACUACCGACCCCGCCAGCCCCCCCACCACCACCACCACCACCACCACCUUCCUCAUCUGGAGUCUUAUAUAGUUCAUUUCUGCAGUCUUCCCAAACUUCAGCUUCACAAACCAAAGCCACUGUAAAGGCUCUUCCACCACCUCCUCCACCUCCGCCACCACCUCCUCCACGCAAUAAAAUUGACUUAUAUGCAUCACCUUCCUCACCUCCAUCCAUCCCACCACCAUCUUUGCCCUCAGGAGCAUCAAGUAGAGGUCCCCCUCCACCGCCUCCUCUUCCUCCACGGCUCGAAGGUUUAGUGUCUAAAAUUCCUCCUUCUCAACCUAUGACAGCAAGAACAUCCACUGAAUCUUCACCAUUGUCACCACCACCACCACCUCCUAUGAGAAAUACAUCAUGUGCCCCUCCUCCACCACCACCGCCAUCACUGCCACCAAAUCGCGGAGGAAAACCAUUAGUUCCUCCUCCUCCUCCACCUCCUCCAUUGCCAAGGGCUUCUGUUAAAAGUCCUCCAUCAGUACCUCCUCCUCCACCACCACCUCCUAUGCCUUACUCAAGUUCAUCAAAGUUUCCCAAUGAUGCCACCACCCCACCACCUCCUUCAGUUCGUGGAACUCCAUCUCCACCCCCUCCACCACCUCCUCCUCCUGGCCUAUAUGGUGGUACAACACCUCCACCACCACCACCUCCUCCUCCUCCUCCUGUACUUGGUCCAUGUAGUGGUGCUCCUCCUCCACCACCUCCACCACCGCAUCUUGGCCCACGUAGUGGUGCUCCUCCUCCACCACCUCCACCACCGCAUCUUGGCCCACGUAGUGGUGCUCCUCCUCCACCACCUCCGCCAGGUCCUCCACCUCCUCCUGGCUCACGAGUCAGUGCCCCACCACCACCCCCUCCUCCAGUUCUACGUGGUGGUGCCCCUCCUCCACCGCCUCCUCCUGGCUCACGAGGUAAUGUCCCACUUCCACCCCCUCCUCCAGGUCCACGUGGUAGUGCUCCUCCGCCACCCCCUCCUCCAGGUCCACGUGGUAGUGCCCCUCCGCCACCGCCUCCUCCUGGAGGACGUACACCUCCUCCACCGCCUCCUCCUGGAGCACGUACACCUCUGCCACCAGCCCCACCUAGAGCACCUGGUGCUCCACCACCUCCUCCAUCCAGUUCUCAAGCUGAUGCUAGAGGAUUAUCGCCAAAUGGGGCAAGAGGACGUGGACUUACACGUUCUGCAGCCUUAAAUUCAUCAAAUUUGGCACCGCGUAGGUCAUUGUUGAAGCCGCUGCAUUGGGUGAAAGUAACAAGAGCUGUUCAAGGAAGCUUAUGGGCUGAACUACAGAGAUCUGGUGAUGCUUUAAGUGCUUCAGAAUUUGAUGUGUCAGAACUUGAAAGCCUCUUCUCUGCAGUGGUCCCUAAAAAAGAUGAUAGCUCUAAAUCUGACGGGCGUCGCAAAUCUCUUGGAUCAAAAUCCGAUAAAGUUCACUUAAUUGAAUUAAGGCGCGCCAACAAUACUGAAAUCAUGCUGACAAAGGUCAAGAUGCCACUUCCUGAUUUGAUGAGUGCUGCUUUAGCAUUGGAUGAUUCCAUUUUAGAUGUUGACCAAGUAGAAAAUCUCAUUAAGUUUUGUCCAACCAAAGAGGAAAUGGAGCUUCUCAAGGGCUAUACUGGUGACAAGGAAAAACUUGGAAAGUGUGAGCAGUAUUUCUUGGAGUUGAUGAAAGUUCCGCGAGUGGAAUCUAAAUUAAGAGUUUUUUCUUUCAAGAUUCAGUUCGUCUCUCAGGUUUCUGAUCUUAGAAAGAGUCUGAACACCAUAGACUCUGCUUGUGAACAGAUUCGCAACUCUAUCAAAUUGAAAGAAAUCAUGAAGAAAAUUCUUUUCCUUGGUAAUACCUUAAAUCAAGGAACUGCAAGAGGCUCAGCAAUUGGCUUUCGUUUGGACAGUAUUCUUAAACUUACUGAUACUCGUGCUACUAAUAACAAAAUGACGCUUAUGCACUAUUUGUGCAAGGUGCUUGCUUUGAGAUCUCCACAUCUUCUGGAUUUUUAUGAGGACCUUACUAGCUUGGAAGCUGCAUCAAAGAUACAAUUAAAAUCCUUGGCUGAAGAAAUGCAAGCCAUUGUCAAGGGUCUGGAGAAGGUUGAGUUGGAGCUGAAUGCAUCUGAAAAGGAUGGCCCUGUCUCUGAAAUUUUCCGUAAAACCUUGAAGGAGUUUGUUGUUGUCGCUGGAGCUGAUGUGCAAUCACUAACGACACUCUAUAAAGAAGUGGGUAAAAAUGCUGAUGCCCUUGCCAUAUAUUUUGGUGAAGAUCCUGCACGUUGCCCUUUUGAACAAGUCAUCUCUACACUUUUGAACUUUGUCUUGAUGUUCCGACGGGCACAUCAGGAGAAUUGCAAGCAAGCUGAGCUUGAGAAGAAGAAAGCUGAGAAGGAGAGAGAGAUGGAAAAGUCUAAAGCUUCAACACCAAGUAGUAAAAAUGAUUCAAAGGAAACAAGUUUGAGCCAGCAGCUGCUGGAAGCAAAGACGAGAACCGAGAAUACAAACAGGCGUGAAAAAGAUGUUAGAUGAUAUCUAAUUUCCUCAUUUUGGCUUACAUCUCAUGUGCUACCUUCCUGGGGAUCUGUGCAUUACCACCACGCAAGAUCCCCGUCCAGAUUGGGAGAAGAUGGUGCUGCAACCAGGCACUGCUUCAAGCAUGAAAGACUCUGGUUCAAGCCUCGGACUGAAGUCGUGGUACUGAGUCACAAUAGUGAUUACUCCAUCGUGGUAAACUUGACCUCUAUGUCAUCCGCAAGCCUUCCAGCUUUUUGCUGAUCUUACAUGCCAACAGGCGACUUGGAGAUUAGAGGUCAGAUCGAUCAAUUACCCCUGACCGGUCAAGCAUCCCCAGAUUAUGUAUUCUAAUUCUUGUACAGACCUAACCCCUUGGUUCAUUUGAUUCCUUCUCCUUUUUUUUUUUUUUCUUUCGGUUUUUAACCCCCCACCCCCCCCAUUUUUUCUUUUUGAGAACUUGUGUGAUUCUUGUUCCCACGCUUACCAUUUUCUCACUUGCAGUGGCUUGGGUACCGCCAGGCUUCAGAAAUUAUGAACUAGGUGUGUAAGAAGGGAUCUGAAAGUUAAUAUGUGUAGAGCCCAAUUUUAAUCAGAUUGGUUCUAAUGGAGCCCAGUUUUCCUGA